CUGCAGCAUUUGGUUAGGUCAACUUAAAUCGUUGUGAACUACACAUGGAUACGUCUUGCUUGUUCAUUCUUGUUUCGAGUUGGAGUGAAUCCGGAGUCAAGUUAACAAUAGCGGAAUGGCCCUGUUGAAGAGUGGCUGGAUGUGGAGACAAAGCUUCGUUCUGCGACGAUGGAGGAAGAACUGGUUUGAUUUAUGGAUGGACGGAAGUCUUGUGUAUUACCAAGAUGAAGAUCGCCGUAACAUGGAGGACAAGAUCCAUCUCAAAGUCCAUUGUACAUAUAUAUCGAUUGGGUUUGAAUGCACAGAUGGUACACUACCACAGGAAUGCAGUCGAGAAUGCAUGUUACUGAUUCACCUCAGAGACGGAUCAAAGCUUAGGCUCUGCGCAGACAGUGCUGAUGAUGCAUUGGCGUGGAAGCUGGCUUUUCUGGAAGCUAAGUCUAACCCGGUCCUCAUGUAUGAUCCCGCUGAUGAAUCUUAUCAGACUGUUCCACCGGAUGCUUAUCACAAUGUGUACGUUACCCCAGGCUAUUAUGACUUUCCUUGGUCAGUGCCCAGGACCAGCCGUGUAUUUGCUCACUAUGAUCCAUAUCACAACACAGGAAAUCAGAUUGCACUGGGAAUGCUUGCUGGAGUUGCAACAUGUGCUGCCCUGCGUACCCUCAUCUGGAUGCCGUGCUGGUUCUAGUUCAUCACCGUGCUACUGAGACAAUAAUUACAACAACAGCUUGCAUUUACAUAG